CUAGCGAGAGAAGGGAGGAGACUUCUGAGAAUAGAACAUGACAGAGAUAUAUAUAGUGGGGGCCCUGCGCUGCAUUGGACACAGUCUGCAACAUGAAGCUAUACCUCGUACUCUUCUUGGUCGUCCUCGUCCUGGCUUGCUAUGUGAUGGCCCUCCAAGAGCCGUCCUGCAUCCAGAGGGGGAAGGAGUGCGUAGGCCAAGAAACGCCAUGCUGUAAGGGUUUGAGGUGUUCAU